AACUUUUAAUUAGAUACAUAACAAAAUUGUAUUAUGUAUCUCACCAAAAAGUAUUCGAAUAAUGUUAUAUUUGACAUUAUUUUAUCGCAAAACUCUCAUUAAUCGAUUAAAAUAAGUAUUUAUACCUUAAUUACGAUGCUUGUGUUUUAUUCGAUCUUCUUUUUCAUCGGUCUGAUCCAAUUCUAAUAAGAAGCGGGUCAAAAUUAUUCGGUCAUCAACACCGGAAGUAAGUUAAUCAUUUAAGCUAUUAUUCAUUAAAAAAUUUGAAUUUUUAGCGCUACUUAUUUCCGGUGUCAUCAACAGGUAACGUUUUAUUCGUGUAGUAUAAAUAUCAUCUAUACCAAUAAUCGGUAAGUUCAAUCACGUAAAAAUAGCCGGUAAAGUAAUCUCCUUAUUUAUCGAUUGAAAAUGGCGGGUACUAUAACAAAAAGUUUGAGCGUCCUGUGUAUUUAUAGACGUUUCUUUUGUCACAUAAUUAUUAUAUUAUUGCGUUACGUGUAUUUCUUUUAAUCGAUAUGGAUGGUGAUUAUUACUCCACCGUGUAUACAUGGUUUGAGAAAUGUGGGAUUAUAUCUAACAUCAGAACACACCUGCGCCAAAACUUGGUGAAUGCUUUGAAACAUAAAGAUCUGACUCUGUGUAAGAAUAGAGAGGCGAAAUCAGCAAAACAGUAUGUUUACGAUAUGUUAAUAGCCGAGUAUCUGUUUAGUCACAAUUAUUCCUUCACCCUAUCGAUAUUUGCUAGCGAAGUACCGCUCUUGGUAAACUUUUGCAACAGCAUACCACAGGGCUCCGCUAAUGAUAAUGAGAGAGGUAGUUGUAGCAAUAAGUUGCAAAGUGAUUACAUAGUACAUACUCUGGAAACAUUGGGCAUUGAUCCGAACAGGCCCGAGGGCCAGUAUAUUAUAUCGAAUUACAUGAAUACUGAAGCACCGUUGUUGCUAUCCAUUUUAAGCUCUAUAGCUUCAUUUCUGAUCAACACUCAGUCCUCGUCCUCGGUUAAAAAAGCCUUGUAUGACAAGGAAACGCAAGCUAAUUUGAUUCUGGAAGCAAACCUUGCAGACGUGAUAAAAAUGCGUGCAGCAAGGAAGAAAAUUAUGCAACAGAAACAACUGUACGAUGAUGAAUUGAAAACGAAAGAGAGCAAAUUAAAGCAGCAAGCCUCCGUCAUCAAACAUCAGCUUAGUUUGUUAAAUGCAAAAGUGGCAGAGGCUCAGAAUUUAAUGCAAUCUUUGAUACUGAAAGAAAAGCAGCUGAAUGAAAAGAAAGAUAGUAAUGCAGAAUUCAUCUUGCGGAAGGAGAUGGAAUUAUCUAUGAAACAGAAUUUCUUAACGCAAGAAGCUAACAGAUUGCAGAGAGAACGGAAUAGUUAUAAGAAAUUCGAGGGCGGUUUGAAGAAACUGCAACGAGAACUGGUCAAAAUGCAAAAGGAGAUGCCGCAAAGCGCGUCAAACCAGUGCACUCAGAGCAAUGUCAGGGACAUUCACGUGCAAACUGACCUAGAGAGUCGCGCAAUAAUAGAUGAGUGUAGAAUUCUGCAACAGGAGAAACUGGAAUUGACGAGUCUCGUGCAGGAACAACGAUUGAGGAUAGAAGAGAUCACGCUACGUAGCGUGCAAUUAUCACGCCAACUGGAGGAAGCGCGUUUGAUUGGUAUCGAAAUACCUGUUUCCGUCGCUCAAGCUGUCAAUGCGAACGCGACGAUCGUCAGCGAGAGCAGUUCCACGGAGGAUAUUCUGAAGGACGCGAAGAUGCGAUUGAAACGUCUAGAAGAGGAGAGCUUGAAAGCUGAUAAAUAUUUUUCAAAUUUCAUCAACACCUCUUCGUAGCAGGAAUAGAGCAUUCUACAAUAUUUGUGUAAAAUUUAUUUAUUUAUUUAUUUAUCGUUAUUAUAUAUAUGCGCACCAUUGACGAUUGUUGCGAAUGCACUUUGCAUUACAUUAAAUUACAUUACACUUGCGUGAUCUCCGUCCAUUCUCGAAGAAAGAAAAAGACUGAAUUGAAAAACAUGUACCAAAAAUUAUCGGACAUUUAGAUAAUUUAUUUUAUAUAAAAUUGGAUGUUUUAAAACAUUAAUAUACAAAUUAUCCACUAUUUUUUUUGCUUUAUUUCGAAUUCUACGUUCAUUACAUGCAACAUCAAACAUAGCAUAAAAAAUGUUAAGUCGAGCUCCCUUCGGUUGUUGUACAUCAUCUUCGUUUUGGGUCUGAACUUCUUCUAGUGCACUUGAAUUAAGGAUCAUACCGAGCAAUUGUGCUUUUUCGUGCACAGGAUAAAUCAUACAGUUAUUGAGCAGUUAAGGACUUUUCUCUUCAAAAAAAAAGGAAGAAAUAAAAUUAAAAAAGUAUUGCAUUAGAAAGUUCUACGUAACACGUAAAUUAUAAAUCUGUCAUUAUAUUAAAAAAAGAGAGAGAAAAAUCGAACAUUUAUAUAAAUUAAUUAAGUGUUAAAUUAUUGCCAAAUGUUAUUAUCAUCUACAACCAAUAAAAAAGUCCAAUUAAUAAACAUAAAUUAUAUAUUUAUAAGUAAAUCAUGUUGAUAGAGACAUUGAGAAUCUUUCGAUAUAAAAGUGAGACAUAAAGAAAAUGAUCUCCAACUCAAUAAUUGUACGAUUCACUCUAUGUACAUGGUGCAAAAGCUAUUUUAACACUUAAUUAGUUACAAUGUUUAAUAUAUCAAAUUGUGUAUGUAUGAAUACAUUAUCGUACAAAAUUAUUUAAUU